AUGCGCACUACUCUGCGGCACUUGGUGAGCGGGCUUCACUUCUCAGGUGGGGUAAGUUAGAUUUAUUUGUAUUUUUGUAUAUAUGCACAUUAAUUUGAGGUUGUUGUUAUCUUGAUAAAGACCCUAUUGGGUCGAAACGUUGAUGACUGAUUUUUUCAACACCGGAUUAUAAACAAGUUUGAAAAAUCCCUUGGAGUGCUCCUUCAUUGAUUAUAUAUAUAUAUAUAUUUAUAUAUAUAUAUAUAUAUAUAUAUAUAUAUAUAUAUUAAUAUUAAAAUACACUUUUAAUAAUGAUGUGUGUAUGUGUAUAUAAAAAUACUUAGAUUAUAUAUAUAUAUAUAUAUAUAUAUAUAUAUAGCAAUGUAUAUAUAUGAUCUAAGUACUUUUAUUUACUUUUUUCAAACUUUUAUUUAAGUUUUACAAACUUUGUAAAACUUUUCUGCUGGCAUUAGGGGAAUCUUUCAUACAGUUUGAAAACGAGUUGAAAUGUCUAUCUGAAAAUCAACAAAACAGAGUACUGUAACAUGUUAACAUCAAUAUGUGUACGUAUAAAUUCCACUCACAUGAGUUGAUUAGACUUGUGUUUGAGUGCCUGUAUGCUUCGCAUAUUUAUCAUUGCUAAGCAAUGCCUAUUACGGCUCUCACUAUGUGUAAAAAAUUGAACAAAUUGGUAAGAAUAUACUUGAUGUGCCAUGGGAAAGAAAUCUCAAAGGAUCAAAAUAUGUUGUAAAAGUGGAUGAUCUAAACAUAUGGACAUUCACUGCCUGCAGAGAUCUACUUGUGCAACUACAAAGAUAAAUGUCUGUGAUACACAAACCAUACAGCUGUCCACUUUGCUACCCAGCCAGAAAUCUGGUGCCAGGAAGAUGUGAGAACCCUCUGAUACCAUUUACAAACGUACUUUUUCUCAUACUCAUAUUUCAAAUGGGAACUGGAAAUAUUUUGUAUCAGAUAAAAGGGAAUUGCACAACAACAUUUUUAAAGUUUCAAACUGUUGGUUUAGGUCUGGGUCAGAAUUCUAAUCAUAGAAAUAUACCUCUGAUAAUUUUGUUCUUAAAAAAGGUCUCUCCUCUUUUUUCGCUAGGUACCGUUGUACUUUACAAUCAGUGUCCUAUCUGCUUUAUCCUUAGAAUUUUCAGAAAGCUCAGCAAAGAAAAAAAACAUACCUAUAUACAGGGCCGGUGCAAGGAUUUUUGCCGCCCUAGGCAAAAGAAGGAUUUGCCGCCCCCCUCCCCCCCGGAACAUCGCAAUGCCCCACCCAUAUGAACUAAUGCCAGUGCUGCACACAGUGUGUGUUUACAUUGAAAAGCCUGCAGGGACAAACUAUAGACACCAGAACAACUUUAUUAAGCUGCAGUGGUUCUGGGGACUAUAGUGUCCAUUUAAUGUGAGGUAAAUUAGAGAUUAGUGUCACUAAUAAUAUACUAGAUUGCCUACUUACAAUCAGAUGAGGAUGGUGAUGGGCUCUGGCUGCAGUCUGGCUCCACUGGUCUGGUGUAGAACAGGAUCUCUGGAGGCUGUUUGUAACUGUGGUCACAAAAUUCAAUGUUCUGGGAGAACGGGAAGCAGCUCCAUUUUUUGGGGCCUCUUACAUAGCUCAAGGUCUGGGCCCCAGGGCCUGACGGUGAGUAUGCCCAUAAAGCCCACCCAUAAGGCCACCUACAUGUUCCACCCAUGAACUCACAGGGAGUAGAGUGUGUAGGGGAUUUGUUAUGUGUUACUGUAGAGGAUCUAAUGUGUGUGCUUACGGAAUGUAGUGUAUAGGGAUACCAGUUUGUGUAGGUGAUGCAGUGUGUUUGUGUGUAGUGGAAGCAGUGUGUGUGUGUAUAAGGGAUGUAUUGUGUGUUUCUUGUUGUGUGUAAGGGAUGCAUUGUGUGAAUCUGUGUUUGUAUGCAUAAGGGAUGCAAAGUGUGUUUCUUUGUAUGUAAGGGAUGCAGUGUGUGUGUCUGUAAGGGGUGCGUUGAGUGUGUGUAAGAUGCAUUGUGUUUCUGUGUGUGUGUGUAAGAGAAGCAGUGUGUGUUUGCAUGUGUGUGUAAGGGAUGCAUUGUGUGUUUCUGUGUAUAUGUGCAAAGGUUGCAUUGUCUUUAUGUGUAAGGGUUGCAUUGUGUGUUUCUCUGUGUGUAAGGGAAGCAUGUUGUGUUUCUGUGUGUAUAGGGAUGCAUGUGUGUGUGUGUGUGUGUGCGCGCGUGGUGUGAAAGAGCUCCCUGUCCCCCUGUCCUAUAGUGCUCUCCCUUCCAUUCCUUAGAGAUCUCCCCUGCCCCUUAGUGGUCUCUCCUCUCCCCCCACCCUCCCCUAGUGGUCUAUCCUCCACCCCCCUCCCUUAGCGGUCUCACCUCACACCCCUCCCCUAGUGGUCUCUCCACCGCCCCUCCCUCCUUUAGUGGUCUCUCCCUCCCCUACGUUCUCAUCUCCCACCCCUCGUGUUCUCCUCUUCUUCUCCCCCUGUGUUUUCCUCUUAUUCCCCCGCCUCCCUGUGUUCUCCUCUUCUUCUCCCCCCUGUUAUCUUUUCUUCUCCCCCCUUCCCUCCCUGUAAUCGCUUCUUCUCCCCCGUAAUCUUCUCUUCUUUUCCCCCCCUAAUCAUCUCCCCCCCCUCCCUCCCAUCAAAUUAUCUCCCCCCCUCCCUCCCUGCAAUCAAAUGGUCUCACCCCCUCCCUCCAAUCAAAUGGUCUCACCCCCCCUCCCUGCAAUCAAAUGAUCUCUCCCCUCCCUCCCUGCAAUCAAAUGGUCUCACCCCCCUCCUGCAAUCUGGUCUCACCCCCCCCUCCCUGCAAUCAAUGAUCUCUCCCCCCCUCCCUCCAAUCAAAUGGUCUCACCCCCCCUCCCCUCCCUCCCUGCAAUCAAAUGAUCUCUCCCCCCCUCCCUCCCUGCAAUCAAAUGAUCUCUCCCCCCCCUCCCUCCCUGCAAUCAAAAUGAUCUCUCCCCCCCCACUCCCUGCAAAUCAAAAUGAUCUCUCCCCUCCCACUCCAAUCCAAAUGGUCUCACCCCCCCUCCAUGCAAUCAAAUGAUCUCUCCCCCCUCCCCCCCCUCCCACUCCAAUCAAAUGGUCUCACUUCCUCCAAUCAAAUGGUCUCACCCCCCCCUCCAUCCCAUCAAAUGAUCUCCCCAGCUUCUCCCUGCCUCCCUGCCUGCCUGGCCAAGUGGCCGAGCUCCCUUUUCAGUCCAGCGACCCGGCGGGACUGAAGGAAGUACACUGAGUGUGCACUUCGCUGUGCGGGGCACUCAGCUGCUGCUGCUGAGAAGAAAAGGGAGAGUGAGGCUACUACGUACAACCGCCCUGACUUCUCCGCGCAUAGGCGGCUCAGGCGACAAAGUAAGGGCGGCAUUAGGAAGCAGAGUAGCCCCUCCUAUAUGGCGCCCUAGGCGGCUGCCUAGUUCGCCUUAUAGGAAGCGCCGGCCCUGCUAUAUAAAUGGUAUGUACUACUUUUAUUUAAAUAUCUACCUGUGUGCUAUUUUAAAUAAGGGACAUGUAUAUUACAUUGUUUAUUUUUCAAAAGAGACACAAUACUAUUGAGAAAUUAUACUUGUUAACCAUAUGUGUUGCCAUCAAGCUGAUUUAUACAUAGUAGGAGGCAAAUAAACAUGUAAAGGCUUGCAUUUUUUUUAUGUCUUCACUUUAACCCUUUAGUGACCAGACCAUUUUUAAAAUUUCUUACCGUUUGGGACCAGGGCUGUUUUAAAUUUCUGCGGUGUUUGUGUUUAGCUGUAAUUUCCUCUUACUCAUUUACUGUACCCACACAAAAGACAACCUAAUGUAUCAAACUUGGGGUAUUUUGACUCUUUUCAUGCAACCAUUUUACCACCAGUCUAUGCCAAAUUAAAAAAAAUAAUAAUGGGGGGUGGAGCCUGACCAUCAAGCUGGCAAGACAUGCAGAGUCUGAGCUCCUCCGACUUUGGCAGAUUUGGGGGCAUAACUCCCAGCUAUUGCACUCAAAUGUUAUCCAUCAAGCUUUAUCUAGGUCAGGGUCCCCUGGGCAAGCAGAUCGAUACCUCACUCGACAACUUUUGUAGCUGAAUGCCUAGACGGGCCUACUGCGGCCUACUGGGAGUGGAGCUGGGGAAAGGCGGCCAAUCUCCUCACUCCGCAACUCACAGCAGGGCCCUGCAGUACUCUCCCCCCCUCUGGACUGGUGGGGGUUAUCCCGGUCCCCACUGGGUAAGCCUGUCUCCACAGCACAUGCCUUUAGUGGCAAGCAUGAAACCAAACGACGUACCCAAAAUGGCUGCCGCAGCAGUGCCUCCACACUCAAAAGCAGAUCUGGAGAGCCAGGAAUGGAGCACCCUCUUCAGGGCCAGAUUUGAUGCCAUAUGUGAACAAUUCUGGAACAGAAUAGCUAGCCAACCUGCACGACUUCCGACACCAGCGCCUCCCACACCAACAGUGCCAAGUGCAUGUCUGCCCGUUAAGAAGAUUUCAGGGGCACAGUCCCGAAGCAUUGCCCGCGCAGUUGGCGACCACGCUGCCACCUGCAACGGUAGUCAGACAAGACGCUCCACUACCCUCCAAAAGGGAAAACCCAAAGCACCAUGGCUAAAGGCACCCAGGGGCAGCCCAUAGUACACACCGGGAGCUGGAGGGCUACCUUACCUCACUCUACUAGCGGUAGAAACGCCAUAUACGCCCGAUUCUCGGUGAUCCGACGGAAGAAACAAGUGAAGAGCCCGAGCGAUUCGAAGCACUGGAGCCCUCCCUCACCUCGCUCAGCUUCCCCAACCAUGAAACGACCUGUGCAGGGGCAGGUUUAUUCCAACACGCUGCCACCUAUACAGAGCUCUGGCAUGCUGACACCCAGGGACACGCUUGGGAAAUCCACAACAUCACCUCCUAGCACAUGGAAGGAAUGGGCCUUGAGAGGAGGCAUCGGCUGAGUAACUUGCCUUUUUUUUUUUUUUUUCAUCCCUCACUCGGACAGCACUUUCUAAGACUACCACCCCUAGCAUCCCUGACCAACAACCUGCCGAUGGACUCUCCUACCCUGCGAAGGCGUUUAAUAGCGUACAGCUUCAGAUUGAUAUGCCUUAUUAACAUAUGUUUUAUCUUAGUUUGUGUUUUUGAUUUUAUUUUAUUUUGUAAGCAUUUAAUAUGUGCCGCACAGUCACAGUCCUCAAACAUAGAAAUUCCCAUGCACAUUAACGUUGCUCAUAUUGCCUCAGCCUCCCACCCCCAGACAUUUGCCUAAGCAGUCUUGGGAAUAACCCACGGUUCUCUUACAACAAGGUGUGCUUUAUUUACCUAAUAGGUUGGCAAUAAUAUUUUGUGAAGCACUGCCCAGUGGAGACUAUCUCCUUUUCUCUUCUUGUAUGAUCUUAUGUUCUAAGAUUCUACGGCGCGGACCAGUGGUCACUGUUGUAAAUCUUGUUUAACUUCGCUGUUAUUUCUCUACUAUAUUAACAAAAAAGGUGCUGACAACUCGAUAUAUAUUGUUAAUCUCGCAUGCUACUCUUGGAAAUGUCAAAAUGUCGAUACUUGCAUGUUGUUCCCUUAAAGCACCACUAAAAUAAGGAAUUGAAAAAAAAAAUAAUAAUAAUAAUAAUUUGUGAUUUUUCUGACACACACAGCAAUUUUGAAUACAUAUACGGAGAACUAUAAAGGUUACUGCCAAAGAACACCCCAAUAUCUGUUCAGCAACAUCUCCUGAGUACAGUGAUACCCCCAUAUAUAAGUGUGUUGGGUUCUCUGGGGGCUAAAAUACCUUAUUUAGAGGGUGCGCAUUCCAGUUUUCCAACUUGGAAUUUCACAGCUGGUCAUCAUGCACCAUGUCCUAUUUGGGACAUUUGUAAAGCUGGCCAAUAUAAUUUACCCCCAUCAAACCAUAUAUUUUUGAAAAGUAGACACCGUAGGGUAUUUCAAAUGGUGGUAUUUUAACACUUUCCAUACACUAAUUGACCACCAGUCUUUGUCAAACUUUUAGGUAGUCAUUUUUUUCUCUCACGUUGUACUUUAGGCAUGGAUUCUCAGUUCCAAAUACGUGUUCAGCAAUAUCUCCCUAGUACAACAGUGCCCCCAAUAUACAGGUUUUAUGGUUUUUUGCAAACUUACUGGAGUCAAAUGUAGGGCUUUACCCUUUUCCAUGUUUGCAUAUUGUAAUUUGCCAGAUUGGUUUGCUGGGCCUAUGUUGCCUUUGAGACCGUAUAGCAGCCCAGGGAAAUUAACCCCAUCAUGGCAUACCAUUUGUAAAAGUAGACAACCCAUGGUAUUCAAAAUUGGGUAUGUCCAAUCUUUUUUUAGUAGCCAAUUAGCCACAAAUGCUGACCAAAGUUAGCGUUUUAUGGGGGUUUUUUUCUUUGCACUUUCACUGGUGAUUUCAUCGUCGUGAUAUGUUUUACUGUUUUCAACACUCUUAUUUGUGUUCAGCAAAGUCUCCUGAGUAUAACAAUACCCCCCAUGUACAGGUUUUAUUGUGUUUUUGAAAGUUACACGGUCAAUAUAGGGCUUGCCCAAUUCAGUUUGCCAUAUUGGUUUGAUCCGACCGUGAUCGCAGCAGAUCGCCGGUCCAGGUAUAUAUAUAUGUCCUAUUUGCCGAGGACAUACUAGGUAUGUCUGCAGUCAUUAACGAUCGUUUUUUGUCGGACAUUCCCAGUACGUCCACGGUCGUUAAGAAAAUAUACAUAGAAGGAAAUUGUGUAUAUAUAAUAAUAUAUAUGUGUAAUUUUACUCUAAAUGUAUUUUUACAUUAAUAUAUGUAUUAAUAAAAAAUACACUUAGUAUGACAUUAUAUAUAAGAUAUACAUAUAUACAUAUUAUGUAUAGAUAUAAUAUAUGUAUAAAUAUAUCUCAUAUAUACAUAUAUAUAUUUGUUAAUUUAUUAACUUUAUUUACAUUUUAUUUACAUUUUUCAGGCAGUCCCCCUGCUGACAGCAUUGCGGUCACAUGGCCCCUGGGGGUCCUAAAUUGCAGAGGGGGGACUGUCUGGGCAAAGUCCAAACAGUCCCCCCUCAGAAUAAGACCAACUGCAGGCGGUGGGAACGGCAGUGAACGGUAAGUACAUGGGGAGGAAGAGGUAGGAGGUUAAUUUUUUAAUUUAAUUAUUAUUAUAUAUAUAUAUAUAUAUAUAUAUUUUAUUUUAUUUUUUUAUUUACUCGAGGCACUCAGUACAGGCAGAGCAUUGGAAGCCUGCCUACACUACCGGCCACCAGGUGCAGCAACCUGGAAGUGAUCGCCGGGGGGAGCAAUCACUUAGGUGCCCGGCAGUGAUGGGGAGUAUUCCACGAUGCCUCGAUAUCAAGGCAUCGUGUAAUACCCUUAGAGCGGCUGGAAGCGAUCAUAAUCGCUUCCAGUGCUCAUUUUGGCCACGAAUGUACAGUGGUACGUCAGCGGUCGUUAACAACCGUUUUUUGGCUGACGUACCCUGUACGUCCGCGGUCACCAAGGGGUUAAAGUACAUUGCUAAAAUAAUUUUGUAAUGUUAAAGGAACACGCACCAUAACCAUUAAAACAUGCUGUAGUUGUUAUGGUACCAGACGUGUCCUGACAUUCCUCAUUGUAAGUAGCCAGAUAGCCAGAAGGUCUCUAUCUGAGUUAAGCCUGAUAGUGCAGGGCUUGACUCAUUGGCUGAGAGCAAUCAGCUUAUGUUUAGCAGAGCUAACAGACGCUCCUAAGCAGAAAUACCACAAUUGUACAAUUUUUAGCAGAGAUUGGCAGUUAACUGGCUAUGUAAAAAUAGUAUCAAAAUAUCCUUAAAUAAACACGCUGAGAUGACAAUAUAUAAAUAAAUACUUUUGUGUAGCAAUUUUGUUUUCUAUCAAACAAGGCAGAAAUAACAAAUUCUAUAUUCUGUUCUUAGAUUUUGUAACUACUAAAAAUUAACUGAAAUCCUAGACAUGUACUCUAUAAAUCUGAAAAAUAAAUUUAAUUUAGUACAAAUUACUUUUCUUCAACUGCACUAUUUAUGUAUUCAUUAUCAUUGCCAAAACUGUGAAAAAAAUAUUUUAUUUUUAUUUUUCUAAAUAUUGUAUGUCACAUCAAAUUGAAGCCUUUUUUGUCCUUAAAAUACAGUAAAUAAUAUGUGCUGGCAGGGCCGCCACCAGAAAUUUUGUGCCCUUAUACAGCUCAAGGUCUGGGCUUCCCAGCUAGGGAAGAAGGCAACAGAAAAGAUAACUGCAGUUUUGCGAGCCGUUUUAAAGGGACAUUCCAGACCCCUAAAGCACUUUGGUUUGUCGAAAAGCUUUAUGUGUGAAGAGUGUGUCGUAUAUUUUUAUUUUGGAAAAAUUUCAGAUUUCAAUAGAAAUUGGUUACACCUCCCGAGCUUUUCAAUCAGACAACAGGUCCUGUUACUUCCUGGUUUGGUUAGCUUAUUUGCACUGAACUUGAGGCAGCAAUUCCUCAGAGAAGCGGCCUUGCAAAGACUUCCCCUUGAGCUGCAUUGUGAAGUCCGUGAUUGGACAGCCACAGAAAGUCUGGGCGGGUUUAGAAAAGGAGGUCUUGCAAAAGCAGCAGACAAAAAAGCUGAAGGUUUUGCAAGUUGUCGUUAGAUACACUCCUUUUAAAGCUAUUAAAUGCAUGCAAGUUUUCUUUUGGGGUAUAUCUACUAAACAGUGAUUUUAUUUAAGAUAUACUCCAAUGAGAAACAUACAUCAUUAAAUGCAUGCAUGUAUUCACUACUAAACAGUGAGUUCUCUUUUCAUAGAUUUUAUUUUUGUAUUUAGGCAUUCCCUUUGACACCAUAAUCCAGUCGAUACAAGGCAAAACCACAGCAAACAUUGCAAAUGAAGGUGAGAAACAGAAACAUUUUGUAUUUCUCCUCUUCUCUGUAGGUUUUCUCUAUGCGGACUGACAGGUGCAAAGGACAGCACAUAUAACAAUGAUUGAGAGGGAACGAAGAUGGAAGUGCCCAGUUGCAGGAUGAAGAGGUUGUAUUUCUAUAUUUCUUUUUCUUUUUCUUACACAAACACAUUUUUUUAAAUAUAGAUAUGAUCAAACAUAAUAUUAAACAAACUAAAAAGAAGUAAACCCUUUUCUGUCCUUCUACUAACAUUUGUCUAAUUUUAGAAUUUGGCAUUAGCUGAACCUCCGACUUUGUGCUUCGUGCAGUAAUCCACUCUGGUGCAAGUGUUUUCCCAGACACGCUAUAAUUUCAUUUAUAUAGAAACGUGCAGGGCAACGCAUCAAAAUAUUUAGCAUAAUUUAAGUAGACACCUAUUGCAACACCCUCCUUUAUGUUUAUACUUGUUCCGAGAUAGAAAGCAGAUGUUUGACAUUAUCUAAUCUUUGUAUAAAGGCCAUGUUUGCUUCUACUGUAAUAAGGUCUACAAAGCAUUACAGAGUAAUGUCCUUUAAUAGACCGUCAAUCGUCUGACAUCAUGUAUACUACAAAGAAAGGUUUUACUCCCUUUUAUUUGGCACACCAUUUACUUAUACACCACUGUGAUGCACUAAGGAUUCACCUGGUUGUAUGCAUGCAACCUUCUCUGCCCAAAGACAAACUGUUAUCUCAGUUUAAUGAUCCAAUUGCUAAUUAAAAUACAGCAAUUAGAUAUACUGUUCUUUUUUUAAAACAGCGUUUAGUUUUGUUUUUUUCCAACUGUAGCCUUGCUGACAAUGCAAAUCACUUAUUGUACCAUGAUGUCGUGCCCCAAUGUUCAUGCAAGAAAUAAUGGAACGGUGUCAGAACCUGUUUGAAAGUGUUUUAUACUUCUGAAAAACAUAGAAUGUGGUGAAACACCAAGAAAUGGAUCAAAUAUAACCUUUAAUGAAAUCUGGUAAAAACUAUCCAACGAAUGGAUAUAUAAAUAGAACAAAGUACUCUAUAGCUGAAAGAAAAUAUCAAUACAAAAAGAAAAACCGUGACAAAACAAAGGGGAAGAGUACAGCUAAGCAAUAAAAUAACUUGUCCUGUGACAAGAAGAAAAAUGUACACCUGGGACUCACCAUAGAUAUUCCCAUGGAAAACCUUGGUGUUGAGUACCAGCAUAUUCCUCCCAAAGUCUGGAACGGGAAAAAUAUGCCUGAAGGAUAUUUGUACAGAAAUACCCAAAUGUGUGAACAAAUACUGAAAAUGCAAAUAGUGUGUGAUAGUAUAUUUAGCUGCCUCACAGUUUAUCAAUAUGCCAUGUAUUAACUCUCUAUGGCUCAAAGAUAUGAAAAAAGUAUCAAGUGGGCUGAAAAUCCACUGAACGCAUAAAAGUAAGUAUACAGAUAAGAAAACCGAUAUGUAGUUUGAACCAAUGGUCCUAAGGCGGUCAGUUGUUGCAAGCUAGGAAAUGUAUGUACCAGAGUCUCUUUAUUAAAUGGAAUCCCAAUUGUAUAAUUUGUAAAUUUAUGUAUUAGAACACACUUAUAAAAAUACGUGUUGGAAAGCCAUAUGAAUUAAAUAUAUGUAUGGGCCUGUAACGCUAUUAGGUAAGAGCUACGAUAUAUAAAUCUGACUCUCCAAAAGAAGAUUACUGAUAUUUUAGUAUAUUCCAAUGCAAGGUCUGAAAUAAGUUAAUCUUAUUUUCCCUUGGUUAGUUUACUAUACCUAUGUUUGUACACCCUGUCAGCCAAGUCUGUAAAAACAGGAUAGAAAUAAUAGAUUCACACUCUGACAAAAAUUACUUAUCAAUUGUACUCAAUGGUCUCUUGAAUUAAUUGAAAUAAAAAAACAAAAAUCAAUGUCAAUAAUAGUGCAUUGAUAAAUAAUCACAAGUGAAUAUUUCACAAGUCUAGAAAGUAUUCUCAAGUGGAAAUAAGGACAAAAAAUAAUAAUGAAAAUAUGUAAACUGAAAAUCAAUGGAAAAUUUAAAGCUGCCUAAGGGCUCCAAUGAUCCAAACCCCCUCUUGGGGAUCUAUUCUACAGCAUUCUAUUCAAACUAUAUUCUAUUCAAACUGUCUUCAAACAGCAUUCUAUUCAACCUGUAUUUACUCAGAAUCUUUCUACUUUACUCCACUUUAUUGUCUACCUAUACAGAAUAUUUAAUAUAACAUCUAUCUAAUUUGGGUCUCUUUCUCUUUUAUUUCACAUCUUCUUAUGUUGUUUAUACCAUGUUUCCUAACAAAAAUGUAAAAUUCACAGGUCUCCUAAAUUCAUCCCUCUCAGCAGAGUACACGCUGGAGAAAAAAAUACAACCAACCGCUUAGCGGCUAAACACCCACAGGGACCAAUCAACCAAUAACAGCCUUGACAGUUGUAUUUAAAAAUGGACUCACCCUCUGACAUCCUCUAGCACUCCUGAUGAUCCCGGUUACAAUCGCCGGGUGAAACGCGUGUAGAGUGGUGUUCAUUGGAGCUGGCGUUUUUUUCUUAUUUAUGAUUUGUUAUGCUUUAGUUGUACUCGAACUCCUCCGCUCACGACUCCUAUUAGACUUCUCAUUUACUUAAUUAGUCUUUCUAGUAAUUGUUACAACUUUUAGUUAUACUUGUUGGGAUAUUUGUAUCCAUUUUGGGUUACUCGUAUGGGGGAACGUGUGUGGGCUGUCAAAUAUGUAGGGAUUAGAAAACUAUUUUGACUAACUUUAUACUAGCAGAGGGACUAACCGACACAUGUACCUCUUUAUAUGACCCCAGAUACUAUAGGAUAGUCUAUAGACUGCUGACUUUUAUACCACAAACUCUGUUUUCUUAUCUGUAUACUUACUUUUAUGCUUUCAGUGGAUUUUCAGCCCACCUGAUACUUUUUUGAUAUCUUUGAGCUAUAGAGAAUUAAUAUGUGGCAUAGUGUACAGCGCUACGGAAUCUGAUGGCGCUGUAUAAAUAAUAAAAUAAUAAUAAAUAAUAAUAAUAUUAAACUAGAAGGCAGCUAAAUAUACUGCCACCCACUAUUUGCAUUUUCAGUAUUUGUUUCUCAUUGCCACUUCCUCACACUUUUGGGUAUUUUUGUACAAAUAUCCUUCAGGCACCUUCAUUGAUAUUCUAUGCUUAAAUUAAGUUUAGGGAAGAAAAAAAAAAAUCCCUUAAAUUCUCAAAUAGCUGUCUAAAUACCAAGUGAUAUGCUCAAUAGCGAAUGAUUGGUAAUUAAGCGUGCCACAUUAACUCCACAGGAUACAAAUGUAACGAUAUGAGAACUAACAAAAAAAGUAGCAAUCUCCACCUUUGUGUUUAUAAGCCCUCAUGGAAAUCUAUAUAACACUGGCUACAACAGAGCCUAAUGUAAUCACCCAGAGGCAAAAGUCAAAACACAAAGGAAUAGUGAGAGAUAUGCUUAAACAGUGAGAAAUAAGCACAUGAAAAAAUAUAUAAAGUGAAGGGUAUAUAUACAAGAAGAUAGGUGAUAGGGAUAUAUGCAAAUGACUCCACCUCUCUAUAAAUACUAGAGGUAUCUGGUAAAGGUGUCCCUAGUCUCUAGACCCUAAAUCUCCUGUAAACACCUUCAUGGGUGUUCUAUGCUUAUACUCCAUCUAGGGUAAUUCCCUCAACUUCGCAAUCGCUGUCUAAGUACUAAAAGACAAAAAAAAAAUUCUUAAAAUAAGUAAAGUGAAAAAAGUGCGUGCAUAGUGAUAAGGUGCUCCAUAACGGAGAGACCCGUGAAAAAAACCCGUUAUGGAUUACCUUAUCACUAUGCACACACUUUUUUCACUUUAUUUAUUUUAAGAAUGUUUUAAUUUUUUUUUGUCUUUUAAAAAUAAUUUUUUUUUAAAAUAUUUAUAUAAAUUAUAAUAUAUUGGGCUUGAUUUACAGAGUCUGAUGCUGUGUUAUGCUGUGCUUUUUUGUCAUGGCUGCUACAGCAACAGAAGUUUGAUAUCUUCUGGCUGGAAUAACUCACUACACCCCUCGAAAAAAAUAUUGCAGAUUUACAGUUGUAAAAAAGACAAUUUUGUAAUAAAUGCUGCACCAGAUGUAGAAGUUUUAGAAGUGUGUAGCCAGUGAGACAGCUUAAUGAAGCCUGACUGAGCAUACACUGCAAUUUGGAGAAAUGAAACUUGUGAAUAGAAAAAAAAAAGUAAAAUAGGGAGCUAUUUUUCUAGCCUAUGUGUAGGGGGCUGAGGGUGUGGUGGAGGCUAAAAUAUAACUGGGUAGAGGUCUCAUGAACUUUACUUCACCUCAUGCACACGUAUGUGUGCAAGCAGGUUUCCAAGCCCCAUAGUCCAUUAAUAAAUGGUCCCCUGAUCGUAACAGUCAGGGGCCAGAAGGGUGCCCAACCCUUCUGCCCCUAAUAAUGCUCACUUAUCUCCUGGGGAUCCAGAGGACCAAGGAUAAAUAAUUAUCUGGUUAAUUAUCUGGGGAAAUGCAUUCCAUCACCCUGCAGGUUAGAGGCCUUCAAUCUCAUAUCCACCAAUUCACUUGAACUCUUACUCUUCAUUACUCCUCCCUACCUUUUUAUGAUAUUAACCUAUUUGUUUUCAGGUGGAGUUUGAACUUUUUCUUUUAUAUAUUGUACGAGAAUAAGAUUACACUUCUGAUUGCAACCCCUGAGUGCCUUAUUGCAGGUCAUAUUAAUAUGUUUCCAGUUGCCAAUCAGUCCUUAGUCUACUUCCUGAUUCUGGGUACAGGUCCUUUGUAGCAGUAGAAAAUCUUGUCAUGGAGUGGCUAAGGUGACAGACUGAAGAAAGGUGUAAAGCCUCACAGUGCUCCUGCGUCCCGACCAGUUUCAUCCUGUGGACUAAGGGUAUCUUAUAACUAAACUUUGAUUGUUUUGCCUAAGUCAGGUGUGGUUUUUUUUGUUUUUUAACUUUGCAUGCUUUUAAACCAGUCACGUGCCUGUUUGUUGUGUGAUAUAUUAUGAUAUAUAAUCUUUCAUUAAAAUAUGCACACAAAUGGUCGAUUUACAAGAGUUAAUUGAACUCUUUUUGGAAGUUUUUUAUUACUUAAUUCUAAUAAAUUCAAAUGCAUCUAGUAAAAUCAGUGUACAGCACAAAUAAUAUAGUACAAAUACCAAAGCCUAUGCCAAUGUCACUGAGUAUUUACCUAAAAGUAUACCAAUGUCAGUGAGCAAUACAGACAAAAUAAGCAAAAAACAACAAAUGUCAGUGACUACGUAGGAUCAAAAAAAUUAGUUCAAAGCCAUUAGGUGUACAGUAUAAGGCAAAUUAUCAGCCACAACAGUUUUUUAUAGACAACUACUUUCAUCACAGGCGUAGGAGAAUAGAAAGAAACUAAAGCUGUUGCACUGUCUACGCUGUAGAUUAAUAGUGUAGAAUUCCGAACUAGUAACUUACACAAUAAUGGGAACAUACAAAAAUAAUGAUUUAUGUGAAUAGGUGGAUCCUAGUGGGAUUCAUAAUGUGCUUCAAAACUGUUGUACUUGUAGUUCAGAAAAUAAGAAAGAAAGUAGACAUUGUGCAAAAAGGCCAAACAGUAAAAUGUCUGUGCACAUAGCCAAGAAGUGCCUAAACAGGUAAUAAGGCACAUGGCUAGCCAAGACCAGAAUAAAACCCCAGUAAGAUCUCACUGAAUCCUUGCAAAUAUUACUGGAAUCCAGGUGUGUACCAAUAUCCAGAUAGCCAUAGUGACAGUGAAGUGGAGUGGGCCAUGUCAGUAAUGGCAUAGACAGAAAUACCGCUUACAGCGGAUCAAGCUUCGCUGUAUCUUAUGUUUGAGGCUAAUGUUCUCUCCUUCCCCCAAAGACAUUUGAAUGACCAUAUUUAACAUCCUGUCUGUUGUGAUUUCCUUAAUUUUAGAGCAUAGUUUAUAUUAGGGUCUCCAUUACCAAUGUAAAAAUAUGUAUUUAACAGUGAAUAUUUCUGAUAGGUUUCCCAGUGAAAUAUGUAAGUGUGAGAGGAGUUUUGUCUAUAAUUUUUCAAACAAGCAUUGGCAGGCACUGAGUAUCAUUCGGCAACUGUACUGUUAGACUUAUUCUUCACAUACAUUGAAUUAUUGGCAUACUGCAUAUACUUCAAUAAUUUAGGCACAGCAAACACUAUUUUUUCAUAAACAUAUAUGUAUAUAUAUAUAUUUUAGAAAUGAAACCUUCUCUUUCCUGUAUGCAGCCCUUUCCACCCAUAAAAUCAAGUUCAAUACAAUUUUAUUUAUGCCUGCAUAACUUCACCACCAACAGUAAAAAUGUUAUGCUCCCUGUGAGAAGUGAUGAUGUGAGAGGCUCCGUUGACUAAGUUGCUUAUUAUUCAGUGAGUAACCGGGGCUAACACAUUUUUUAAUUUACAUGUUUACUUGCUUCUAUUUCCCAGUCUGUGGAAUGGUGCCAUUUCAAGCUAUAAAGAUUUAUUGGAGGAAAACAUAACGUAACUUGUCAUCUUACAACUUCAUCUCCGUUGAGGCAUGGCAAUGUAAUACAGUGUACUUCCUUGUAUCGACUAACAGGUACAGUUUUAAGAAUCUACAUCUCAGCAAGACUACCAGUUCACUGUCAGAUGAGUUGAUCAUGCCAGAUUUCUAAUAUACUUAUAUGAUAUUAAAAUCAUAGCAAAUGCAAAGCCAUUAGAUUUAGAUCAAAUUUUUGGUGAAAAUCCAUUCCAUAGUGGGACUAAGCAUAAGUUUCCACCAGAUAAGCAAUGCCAAUCAAGUUGCCUACUGCAGUCAGGCUGGGCAUAUCCCAAUUAAAAAAAAAAUGAAUACUUUCACCGCCUAUACCACUUGUGUACUGUGCCAUAAAAUACUAUAAUAUAAUUGUCAAGACUCACCUCGGUUCCCUCGCUGCUCUGGCAGCACCUCCGAAUUGCGGCCACCUGAACGCGCACAUGCACGAAUGCAAGGGGCGGGCUGUGACCUCCAAACACUGAUCACGUCAUGUCUCCCAGGCAAUGAUAGACGCUUGGGAGACGUGCACAAUCAUUCCAUGCCACUGGAACUAAUUAGGUAUAUGUUUACCCCCAUUAUUAUAUUUAUAUAGCGCCAACAAACUCCGUAGAGCUUUAUAAUGGGUGGACUAACAAACAUAAUUGUAGCCAGACAAGUUUGACACACAGAAACAGAGGGGUUGAGGGCCCUGCUCAAUGAGCUUACAUUCUAGAGGCAGUGGGGUAAAGUGACACUAAAGGUAAGGGAAGUAUUAGGGAAGUAGAUUGUUAGAAUAGUAUUCAAUGAAGACUUAGUGUUUUUGGAGCCAUUAACAGCUUAAUUGAUAUGCUUUUGUGAAAAAAUGAGUUUUUAAUGAUUUUUUUGGAAGGAGUGGAGACUGGGUGAGCGUCUAACAGGGAAGAGAGUUCCACAGGAACGGUGCAGCCCUAGAGAAGUCAUGGAUACGAGCAUCAGUGGUGGGAGUACGAACAGAGGAUAGGCGCAGGUCUUCGGUAGAGCGUAGGACCCUAGAUGGGACAUACUUGUGUAUUAGGGAGGAUAGAUAGGUGAGAGUAGCAUUAUGUAGAGAUUUGAAAGAAAGAACCAGAAUUUUAUAUUGAGCCCUAUGUCUUAUGGGAAGCCAAUGCAGGGCAACCCUUCUAAACUGACAGCCCCAUUCAGCAAUAGGGUGUUAUGGAGGCAUGGCAGAAUAGGUGUACCUUACAUUUGGCACCCUAUUUAAACUCUGAACAGCUGAGCCUUCAGUUGUUCUGUGCUACUAUCCUGCAAGCUACCUGUGUUAAAGCUGAUCUCCUGGAUUUACCUGACCUCUGGCCUGCCCUUCCGUUUCUGAUACUUGCUGCCUGGAAUUUUGACUAUUGGACUGCCUGACCUUGCUGGAUUUGUUUUCCCUGUGCUUUGCUUAUUAUUUUGCUGCAUUUAGUGUUUCAUAUACCUAACGUGACAAUAAUAUUAUUAACAGAGGGCUUAUUAAAUAUUCCUCCAUUAAAUGCAUGGAUGGCGGGAUGGAGAAUAAUAAUAUAUAGGUAGCAGUCCACGUGAUACCCAGUCCCUUGGACCUAGUGCCUAUGGGGUCAAACCAGUCCUAACUGUACAUAAUAGCAAUCCCAUUCCCCUUUAGUCCAAAUGGAACACGGCAAUGCGCAGUGCAAUAGCCUAAAAAAGAUUAAUUCUUACCCUACUUGAAAAUCUUCCAUAGUCUUUCUUCAUUAAAAACAAAAUAGUCAAAAUCCAACAGAAAUGUACUUAGUAAAUAGUAACACCUGAUCUUAAUUCCUGUUGAAUAAACCCUACAUUCCCUAUUCAGUUUAUGCCGAUUGCAUGCCAAUGCUUUUGACUUUGUCUCUAUGAAUUUAUUUAAGAACCCACAAUGCAGCAAAAUUACUUAAACUUCAUUUUGCAGAAAUUACAAGGUAACUCUUACACAGCUUUACAGAGAAGUACAGAAUGUGACUUAAAAAAAGUAAUAUGCAAAAUGUAAUAUAAACAUUGCUCACAGCUUUAGAGAGGCUGGCUAGAGAUUUAACAUCUGCAUCCCCCUCUUUAAUUCUUCUUGGGAACCAUAUAUUAUAACCACAUAUGUUUGGUAACUAUUAUUUCUGCAAAUGAAACUGGCAGUCAUAGUUAAAGAAAACGUAUAUGGAAAAUCCAAAUUUUUUUAUAGCCAAUUAAAAGACUCUGAAAAGUGAUUCAGCUUCUAGUGUAGUGAGACAUUUUAAAGAAUAUUUAUUUUUCAUUUACAUCAAUCAUCGGAAAAUCCUUCAAGCAGCAAAUUAUGAUCCCAAACAAAACAAAUGUAAUAUCCAUUUUAAAUAUGUUUGGUAGUUUACACACUCCAUAAUGUUUUUUUUUUUUAAUACAAUAAGAAUAAAAUAGUUCAUCCAGAAUAUUUGAAGCUGGAGAUUUAAAAAGAGAUUUAGAAGACGCUGGGCGGUUUGAAUGCGCACGCUGCCCGUGCUGCGCAUGCGCAUUUGGAUCUGACGUCGGCAGGGUGAGGAGAGUUGCCCGGCACUGGAGAAGGGUAAGUGGCUGAAGGGGUCCCCCUGAGGGUGGGGGGACCUAAUGACCCUAUAGUGCCAGGAAAACGAGCUAACAAAAAUACAUAAUAAAAAUAAAUGAAAUAAUGAUGGUCAUGUUUUGAGUAUUUGACAACAAACAGGUAAUAUCUGAGAUUUAAUUAUAGAUACUUUAGCUAGUUAGUUUUAUAUUCUAUUAAAAUUAUCAUUCUAAAAUAAAACACACAAACAUUUUCUAAAAAUAUUAAUGAUAAAAAAAAAAAAACCUUUUCCCAUAUCAAGAUAUGUAGAACCAUAGGAAAGGCUCAUUCGUUAAGAAGUAGUAAUCAUCCACCUCUGAAAAAUUGUAUAUGGGAUCAUAAUAGAAAGCCCCUAUAUAUGCAUUGCUUGGCAUGGUGUUAAGGCUUGAAAAUGUCACUUUAAAGUGCUGAAAUGUUGCUGAUGUUUUUGAUGAUAAAAUAAUCUUCACUUUUGGAAAUAUCUUCAUAUUUGCAGAUAAUUACAAUAUCUUUUCUACUGAACAAUGAAGCUUGCAACAGGGACUUCAUUAUUAUUUUAUUAUUUAUAUAGCGCCAGCAAAUUCCGUAGCUCUGUACAACGGCUGGACUAACAGACACGUAAUUGUAACCAGACAAGUGGACGUACAGGAACAGAGGGGUUGAGGGGCCAUCAACGCCUCUGUUCCUGUGCAAGAAAAUCAAACUUAUCACAACUCUAGGCUGUGUUAAACAUUGAUUUCACAGAGGUGGAAAUAUGGAUUUGCUAAAAAUAAGACUUCUUUAAAUACAGGCAAAACAGUUGCAAUGAUAGCCCAAAUUGCCUAUACAGAUUAAUAUAAAUAUAUAAAUAUAUGAGCAUGUGGUUGGAUCCUAAUAGCUCAUAUGGCUUACAUACUGAGUAACUAUCCUCCAAACUUUAUCCCAAACCUGUACACAUAUAAAGACUGCUUAGAUUGUCCCAUACGAAAACAGAUUAGUGCAGUAACUCUUAGUGCCAGUCAUAAAAUAUGGGGAUGCUGUUCAUGCAUUUGUAGAGCAAACAAAUGUGACUCCACACUCAGUAUAAUUCCUUGUAUCGUUUUGUUCUCUAAUGUAAACACAGUACUCAUCUUUGUGAUAUGUUGAAACUACUGUAUUGGCUAACUCUUGAAUCCAACCACACACUUCAUCUUUCUUGUCAUAACUACAUCUCUGGAAAAGUCUCACAUUGCUUGCGGUGUAUGUUCAUUCCCCCACCCCUAUAUCCUUCGUUCGGCCUCAUGCUACUUCCUCCUGCUUCUUAAUGUCAAUCUCCAAUUUAAAAAGGUGGUCGGCCAAGCAGCUUUCUCCUACAAAGUUCCACAUAACCUGUCGAGGAAUAUCAGAUCUGCCACCAGUCAGAUGUCGUUCAAAACAUCUGCAUUUAACUGUUCGUGUAUUGUAUGUUUCCUAUUAUAUGUGUACUUAGGGUGUCUACGUGCUCCAUUGAAAACAAGAGGAAUGUCAAUGUAUUCUAAGUUUUAAAAAUAGUUUAUUAAUAGAUAAAUACAGCAUACACAACACGAUGUAACAAAAAUAUAUAUUUUUAAAAAUGGUAGCACUGUGUACCAGUAGGGCUGUAGUUUAUAAAUUUUAUUAGAUGUAUUUAUAACAUCUUAGAUAUAACAACGAUAAUCUAAUUAUUUACUAAAUAUUUGUAUGUGUAUAUUUUCAUCUGGGCUUUUUGGGGUAAUUUGUGGUCCACAAAUGUUGUGAAAUUAGUUUUCUGCUCUUGUGCAAUGUUUAAUUUUUCAAAAAGGUUUUCAUUUAUUUUUUCCAGAGCUUUAUUGAUUUUAUUACAUCCUUGAAAGCAUCUUUUACGGAUAACACAAAUCCUCAUAUAACACUGGGGGUGCACUAAAUAGGUAGUUGUGAGUGCAAAACAGGAUAAGAUUCCCUACUUCUUUUUGCAAAUUCAACAUUACCGUUGAAACUGUUAGAACUGUCAGAAUCAAUUCCUGAACAAUAUACAUUAUUAUCUUUUUAAAGUUUUUGUUGUGAAUAUAUUUUAUUUUGUUUUCUUCGGUCUUGAAUAAAACAUGUAGACAGUUGGAUUUGCAGGUCCAUCAAUGCAGUAAAAGGUUAGUCUGGCAAAACCAAAAAGAAAUGUGCAACAAUAGUAGAGUUCGAGAUUCCCCUGUAUGAAAACCAAAACACAGCAAACCUGUCUAGAGCCUGUAUUUUUGAGCUGUGGAGUGCCAGAUUCAUAGAGAAGCAUAUACAAAUUGGCUAUUGCCCUUUAAUCCCCCACACCGUGAUGGCGCAAGCCACAAUAGAAUAGACAUUGGGGUUCCCACCAUUCCUUCAUCAAUUGUUUUCCAUAAUCAAUAAUCUGUCUUGGCCCAUUCUGUGACUAAAACCAAGUGGCAGGCUGUGUAAUAUAUGUUUUAAAGUCUGUAAGUGCCACUCCACCUCUGCGCUUCAGAAUAGCCAACUUGUCAAAUUGUUUCCCUGCCAGAGGUACCACAUCAGCAUUGAUUGUAAUGCGGUAUUCCAAUGUAAAUGGUCUGAAAGACGUAAAGAAGGCGAGGAAGAGAUUCAUCUUGAUCACCUGUUUCCCAUGUGUUGUAGAGUGCUAAAUAGAUAUACCCAAUUAAAACUCAUCAACUCACUCAAUCAAAGGCCUCUCAUCAUCCGUAGACCAGAGGAAAAAGCCCUCGGUUUGUCCCACUUUCCUAGGCAUUAUGGUUAGUGUUCUGGUGGGGUUAUUACGGGAUUCCCUAAUGGAUAUAAAUCCCAUUUGAUCUGCAUGAAUCAGGGACAGGAGGGGACGCUGGAAUCUUGAAGCAGUGAUCAUAGCGAAUAGCUUUAAGUCGCAAUAUAUAAGGGCAUGCAAUGGGCCUGUUCUUACAGUGCUCACUGUCAUUGAUUUCUUUGUGUAGGAUAGUAACAUUGGCUGCUAGCGCCUGACUUGGGAUAUAGUGGCCAUCUCGGGUUAAGCUUAACACCCUUAUAAAUUCAGGGUAUAGUGUGUCCGCAAAAUUUUUAUAUUAUCAAAGUGGUUGGCCAUCUAGGGCUCAGAAUUUGCCCACCUUUUGAGGUUCUAACUGGUUUCCUUUGUGAAUCGUACAUCUGGGUGAUGACCUCUGGGUCUAGAGUAUUUUUUACAUUGUAAGAUGUAAAUAUCAUUUAUCAGUGUGAGUAAUUGGUUGGGGUAGGCUAUAAAUGUAUGAUAAAUAGGUGCAUUCUGCAGCCAAAAUCUCCGGUGGGAGGUAACGGCUUAUUGUGUCUGUAAUGUAUGCAAAAUAUGUAAGUUUUGCAUCUUUGUUUAUUAAUCAUGUAGGUGUACAGGGAGUGCAGAAUUAUUAGGCAAAUGAGUAUUUUGACCACAUCAUCCUCUUUAUGCAUGUUGUCUUACUCCAAGCUGUAUAGGCUCGAAAGCCUACUACCAAUUAAGCAUAUUAGGUGAUGUGCAUCUCUGUAAUGAGAAGGGGUGUGGUCUAAUGACAUCAACACCCUAUAUCAGGUGUGCAUAAUUAUUAGGCAACUUCCUUUCCUUUGGCAAAAUGGGUCAAAAGAAGGACUUGACAGGCUUAGAAAAGUCAAAAAUAGUGAGAUAUCUUGCAGAGGGAUGCAGCACUCUUAAAUUGCAAAGCUUCUGAAGCGUGAUCAUCGAACAAUCAAGCGUUUCAUUCAAAAUAGUCAACAGGGUCGCAAGAAGCGUGUGGAAAAACCAAGGCGUAAAAUAACUGCCCAUGAACUGAGAAAAGUUAAGCGUGCAGCUGCCACGAUGCCACUUGCCACCAGUUUGGCCAUAUUUCAGAGCUGCAACAUCACUGGAGUGCCCAAAAGCACAAGGUGUGCAAUACUCAGAGACAUGGCCAAGGUAAGAAAGGCUGAAAGACGACCACCACUGAACAAGACACACAAGCUGAAACGUCAAGACUGGGCCAAGAAAUAUCUCAAGACUGAUUUUUCUAAGGUUUUAUGGACUGAUGAAAUGAGAGUGAGUCUUGAUGGGCCAGAUGGAUGGGCCCGUGGCUGGAUUGGUAAAGGGCAGAGAGCUCCAGUCCGACUCAGACGCCAGCAAGGUGGAGGUGGAGUACUGGUUUGGGCUGGUAUCAUCAAAGAUGAGCUUGUGGGGCCUUUUCGGGUUGAGGAUGGAGUCAAGCUCAACUCCCAGUCCUACUGCCAGUUCCUGGAAGACACCUUCUUCAAGCAGUGGUACAGGAAGAAGUCUGCAUCCUUCAAGAAAAACAUGAUUUUCAUGCAGGACAAUGCUCCAUCACACGUCCAAGUACUCCACAGCGUGGCUGGCAAGAAAGGGUAUAAAAGAAGAAAAUCUAAUGACAUGGCCUCCUUGUUCACCUGAUCUGAACCCCAUUGAGAACCUGUGGUCCAUCAUCAAAUGUGAGAUUUACAAGGAGGGAAAACAGUACACCUCUCUGAACAGUGUCUGGGAGGCUGUGGUUGCUGCUGCACGCAAUGUUGAUGGUGAACAGAUCAAAACACUGACAGAAUCCAUGGAUGGCAGGCUUUUGAGUGUCCUUGCAAAGAAAGGUGGCUAUAUUGGUCACUGAUUUGUUUUUGUUUUGUUUUUGAAUGUCAGAAAUGUAUAUUUGUGAAUGUUGAGAUGUUAUAUUGGUUUCACUGGUAAUAAUAAAUAAUUGAAAUGGGUAUAUAUUUGUUUUUGUUAAGUUGCCUAAUAAUUAUGCACAGUAAUAGUCACCUGCACACACAGAUAUCCCCCUAACAUAGCUAUAACUAAAAACAAACUAAAAACUACUUCCAAAAAUAUUCAGCUUUGAUAUUAAUGAGUUUUUUGGGUUCAUUGAGAACAUGGUUGUUCAAUAAUAAAAUUAAUCCUCAAAAAUACAACUUGCCUAAUAAUUCUGCACUCCCUGUAGUUAUAUCAUAACUCUUAUAAAUCCCUCUGGAGUCCUGUGAGGGUGACCUGAUUGAAAGGAUGGCAUGUGCUUUUAUUUUUUUUAGGUCUGCCUCCCUCAUUGUGUCUUAAUGGUUGAUCCUUUCUUGAGGCAGAAACCCCUACUGAUACAUAUGCGUGCUUCCCACACUAUGAGCAGGGCCAUCUGUUCAGUGUCAUUUUUUUAAUUGGAUAGUGUAGUUGGGCCUCAUCAAGGAUGUGUUGCUGUGGAAUAAGGCAGUCAUGUAGCCUUCAAGAGGAGGUGCUUGGACUGUGGGCUGGGGAGGUAAUUUGUACUGUGAUUGGUGGGUGGUCAGCCCACGUGGCGGUUCCUGUGGUAGUCGAAACCAGUUGGGGAAGGUGGUAAUGCAUCACAAAGAAGAUGUUUCUAGAGUAUGAGUUAUGUGGUUGGGAGAAAUUAGUGAAGUCACGUUCAUCAUAGUGGGUAGUUCUCUAGCAGUCAGCCAGUUGGUGUGAGUGAAGUAAGGCUCGGGUCUUCUGUAAGGUCUCAUUAGGGAGCAGGGAUGACCAGUAAUGGGUCUAAGACAUUGUUAAGAUCCACUCAAAAGAUCAGCAUGCCUCUGUAAAGUCUUGCAAUUUAUGCAAGUAUUUUGGACAAAAAGUAUUGUUGGGCCUUGUAGGGCAGUAGAUGUUAGCAAAUGUAUAUGUAUGGGACAGAAUUUAACAAAAAUGAAAUGGACCUACCAAUCCACCAGAACAGACCUCAAAUAUUGCGAUGUUUGCUUUGCUGUAAAGUCUCAUAGUGCACGUGAUCUCUUCUCUGGGGUAUUCAGCCAGUGUAUUUACAGAGAGUAUGGUCAGUGAGUGUGCGGAGUAAAGGCCAUUUCCCCCCCAUGUUUUACUCUUUCCUUCAACAGGAGGGUUGUAGACAUAGAUAAGGAAGGUUUCCUGGGUGGCCAGGGAGGGGGGCAGUGUAGUGGGAUGAGUGGGGUUGGGUGAGAAAACAGUAUACAAAAACUUACAAAGUUCUUGUUGUUGUGGUGUUAGGACAAGGAUGCACACUCACCUAAAGUAGUGGAACCAAAGUCUAAUGGGGGUUGUAGCAAAGACUGCAAAAACUGCUGCGCUUGGAGCGAGAUGGUUAGAGAGUGCCACGCCACCAGUGCAAUGUAGCACUUAUAUAACAAGACCCAAUUCAAAGCCUCCAUUGUCCCCAUUAUGACUCAAAUUUGCAAAUUGUUAGGCUCUAAAAACAAAACCAGCAAUUAAGAUAUAAGUUUGGGUAAGACCUUGUUAAACUUGUUUGAAUUAAACUAGCAGACUCAUAAGUGUGCUAUCUGCUCUAGACUCCAAGAGUCCUGAAGGCCUUUUGUUGGAUGGAGUUAUAUUCACUUGACAUAGCGUAAUCACAUAGGGUGAGAGAUGCAGUAAAAUGUACCUGACCUUACAUUCAGGUGUUCUGAGGCCAACACUAGUGUGGUGUUUGUAGAGGUCUCCGUUGGUUUAGGUACUCCCCAGGCCAAUCACAAUUAACUGUCUAUGGGUGUGUUUCGUAGAGGUGUUGUUUAUCAGCAGGAGACCCGAAGCUGAUCAGGGUCGACCUGGCUCUUAUUUCAAGCCUCCUCCAGUGGGAAUUAGUGUGACCCGGAAUAGGGCCAGUCCAGUGUCUCUUCAUGAGCACAUGUUAGAUGGAGGCGUAAGGGUUCUUUCAUGGUACCGGUUUGGUCCUGAUUAAGGGGUAGGAAGAAGUAUAAUGGAGAGUUGGACCAAGGGAGUUUAGAUAAAGGGUAUGCAAUGCUGAGGGAGGGUUAGGUGAUAAGACAUAUCCAACAUUAUGUCAGUACCACCCGUCUAACAAACCAUUGUUAAUGUAUAUUAGCUUUGUCAUUGUACAUUAUAAGUUGCGUCAGCAUCAGCCUAAGAAUGAUAUGUUAGUGUAUAGUGGUUGACUACCGGUCCUGCCUACUUUGCACCUUGGUUCAAAACAGGCCAUUCUCAGGCCUGACAGAGUAUGAGUCAGUCCUAAAGACCCAAGGUAUGUCAUGCCAUCCUGGGUCGUUGUCCAUGUCACAUACUAGCCAUGUCAUUGUAUGUUACAAGUCAGGCCAGUGUCUAUCCAGUAUCAAGUAUCCUGGUACAUUGAAGGUCCACCAGCCUGGUGUAUAUUCAGCUUUAGGGUACUGCAUAUACACAAUAUUAAAACAUGCAAUCCCAGUUUGAAAACCAAGUACCAUAUGGCCACAAUCUCCCCAAUAGAAAUCAGUAAGAAACAUAUAUCCUGUGUGAUAAGUUACGCUAUAAAUUAUACGUUAAGUCUAUCAAGUAACAAAGUAUCAAACUUUAAGCUAAGCCAGAUAUAAUGAGAAAAAGGAUACCUCAGGGGGCUAGAGAGAGGACGGAGAAAACGAGUGCCAACAGCACACGAAUAUCAGUUCUCUAGAAGUCCCCCAGGGAUUAACCCACAUCAAGAGUGAAAAUAUAAAUAUUAAAAUCUCUUUAUUCAGUACCAUAUUGUACUGCACAAAACAUGUGAACUCAGCAAAAGUGAACAUAAAAAACUGUGAAAAAACACAAGCGUGCAGGUGACUUAAAAAGGAAAGUAUCUAUGUAGCCUGUAUGGUAUAUUUAAGAAUGGCUGCUAAAAUACUGUUCAAAUACAGAGUAGGUCAUAUAGCCAUUUGAAUAAACCUGAUGAAGUAUCUUUAGAAAACUAAGAUUGGAGAGUAGUUACUAGUAAUCGUAUAUAGCAACAAAGUAACAAGUGGUUGUAUCCACACAAUUUGAAAUCGCCAAAAUAGCAGUUGAAGCAGGUGUGGAGGUCUUCAGCUCCCUCGCGCACCGCACUGAUUCCAGAGCCGGAAGAUGACAUCUUCUUCCCUGGGGUGACACCAUUGGACCCUAGGGAAUCCCCUCAGCACUUCCAAAGGUAGGGAGGCUGGGGGGAUGAAAUUUUAAAAAAAAAAGUGUGUGUGUGUGUGUUAGAGUGUGUGUUAGUGUGUUAGUGUUAGAGUGUGUGUGAGUGUGUGUUAGUGUGUGUGUGUUGGUGUUAGAGUGUGUGUGUGUUGGUGUUAGAGUGUGUCAGUGAGUGUUACUGUGUGUGUCUGUUACUGAGUGUGUUAGUUUGUGUGCAUCUGUUAGUGAGUGUGUGUUUUGUGAGUGUGUGUAUGUCUGUCACUGAGUGUGUGUCUGUCAGUAAAUGUGUGUGUCUGUUAGCUAGUGUGUAUGCGUCUGUUCAUGAGAGUGUGUGUGUCUUAAGCACUUACCUUUCUCCAGCGCCGGACUCCAUUGGUGCUGGGGAUCUCUCCGCCCUGCUCCGUCUCUCAGCUCCGAAUGCGCAUGCGUGGCAAGAGCCGUGCGCGCAUUCAAACUGCACAUAGGAAAGCAUUACUCAAUGCUUUCCUAUGGACAUUCAGCGUCUUCUCACUGUGAUUUUCACAGUGAGAAUCGCGGAAGCUCCUCUAGUGGCUGUCCAUGAGCAGAGCAUCUGGGCAGUAUAUUUCAAGUGUGCUGGGCCCCUGCAGAAUACAGGUAGCGGGGACUGCACCAUUCCUCAGGACCUCUGGCUCCAGGGCUCCAACCAAUGUGAUCUCCCCCCUCCAUGGCCACAGGUGAGAUACAGGGAGGGGGGAAUAAAACAAUACAAUUAAUGGAUGGGAAAAAAAAACCUGUAGGCUUUCCCUCCCACAUUUUGCAGCCCCAUACAUUUACACACACUAUUCACUAACAUUUACACACUAUUCACUAACAUUUACACACACCAUACACUAACAUUUACACACACUAUACACUAACAUUUACACACUAUUCACUAACAUUUACACACACUAUACACUAACAUUUACACACACUAUUCACUAACAUUUACACACACUAUACACUAACACUUACACACACUAUUCACUAACAUUUACACACUAUUCACUAACAUUUACACACUAUACACUAACAUUUACACACACUAUACACUAACAUUUACACACACUAUUCACUAACACAAUUACACACACUAUUUACUAACAUUUACACACACACUAUUCACUAAAAUUUACACACACUAUACACUAACAUUUACACACACUAUUCACUAACAUUUAUACAAACUAUACACUAACAUCUACACACAAUAUUCACUAGAAUUUACACACACUACAUCCUUACACAAACAUACACUCUGCAGUCACUACACACACUACACCUUGCACAAACACACACUAUGCAGUCACUACACACACUACUUCCUUACACAAACACACACUCUGGAGUCACUACACAAACACACACACACACACUGUGCAGUCACUACACACACUACAUCCUUACACAAACACACACUCUGCAAUCACUACACACACUACUUCCUAACACAAACACACACUCUGCAGUACCUACACAAACACACACUAUGUAGUCAGUAUACACACACUACAUCAACUACACAAAGACACACUCUGCAUCCACACACUGUAUUCACUAAACACUACAUCCACUACACACACUCUGCAUUCACUACACACACACUACAUCCACUACACAAACACACACUCUGCAUUCACUAUACACAUCGCAUUUAAUACACACAAACACUACAUCCACUACACAAACACCUACACACUCUGCAUUCACUAUAAACACACACUACAUCCACUACACAAACACACACUCUGCAUCUAAUAUACACCUCAUACAUUACACAAAUGUACAAUCUGCAUCCACUAUACACACUGCAUCCGUUAAACACACACUGCAUCCACUUAACACACGAACUCUGCAUCCACUACACACAUUCUACAUCCACUAUACACACACCAGAAUCAGUACAGACACCUCAUCCCUGUGGGCGGACUCAGGGGAGGGGGGAAGCAGCACUUUGGGUGGACUCGGGUGCAGGCACCGGGGGGCCCAGACCUUGAGCUGUGUCAGGGGCCCCAAAAUUUCUGAUGACAGCCCUGUGUAUAGGAUUUCAAUUAUUUUUUUAGAAGUUCUAAAACAAAUACAGCAAGGUGUAAAUUAUAGUGUUAAAGCUAGAACUUGCAAAAAACGAACUUUUAUAGUAGUCACUGAAUCCAAAACUUCUACACAAAAGUAUAUAUUUGUAGAAAGUAUACCCCCAGGCUAUGUAACUAAGAACAUGUUGCCACUUUUCAUUUUCACUACCCCUAAUCCAUCCCCUAAACUACUUAUUUUUUUAGAAGUUCUAAAACAAAUACAGCAAGGUGUAAAUUAUCGUGUUAAAGCUAGAACUUCCAAAAAACUAACUUUUAUAAUAGUCACGGAAUCCAAAACUUCUACACAAAAGUAUAUAUUUGUAGAAAGUACACCCCCAGGCUAUGUAACUAAGAGCAUGCUGCCACUUUUCGUUUUCACUACCCCUAAUCCAUUCCCCUAAACCACCCAUCCAGCCCUUAAUCAUACCCAUAAUCCUAUCCUUAAUUUAACCCCUAAUAAUACCCACAAGCCAACCCACAAUUCUUCUACUAUCCCAACCCUAAGCCAUCCCCUUAUUCCACCCCUAUCCCAUUUCAGAAGAAAUUCCCUCUGCUGAUGUCAGUGCUGACAUCAACAGAGGGAUUUCUGAGCUCACACAGUGCAGAGGGUUCUGGGAGCACUGUGUACUGUGUGAUUACAGAAAAGUUGAACUAUGAUGACUAAGUAGAAGGGCAUGCAGGAAGACCUGACCAGGGUCUUUUCAUACUGGAGGGAGACUAAAAAUCACUGCGGCUCAGUGCAAUCAUUCAGUUGCUGCCUAUAAACCUAUCUGUGACUCUGGGGCCACUAAUUGUGUCCCACCUGGCAGUGAAGAACUUCAUGUAUCGAACAAUACCUUGGACUUCCUUUUCUAAACUGGGACAGGCUGGGAGCACACUCAGAAUUAUAGCUGCUAAGCACAACUGCUCAGCUGUGGUAUAUAAAAUGUUUAGUGUGAAUUACACUCCUAUUUCCAGCUUCCACCAUUAGUACAUUUCCUCUUCUGUGAUAAAUUUGCUGGGAUGCUGGGAAAGGAAUUGAGGAGAUAAAGUGCAAUUUUCUCUCCGCAACUUCUCUUGCAGCUUGCGCCUUCUUUUUCACAUUUUGCAUUGUUAACCAAAGUACUAGAAUAAACAUAAAUGUUGUAACAUGCAAAGAGACAUUGUAUGAAAAUGUAUACGAACCCAAAUCAUUUAUAUUUUGAAAGAAAAUGAAUAAAUAAAAUUUUUUAAAAAGCACAACACGAUACAUUUUAAUUUGCUUGUUGUGUAUUCUGUCAAAACAUGUACAGUUAUAAACUAAUCAAAUUAAGGGAUGUGUAUGGAAUUCCAUUCAAAAAAUAAGUGCUUGCUAACGCCGCAGUGGGGUUCUCCCUCAUUCCUUCUCCUAAUUUCCUCGAUCUCUUGGUAGCACGAAAAUUUGGGUCACAAUAAUCUGUACUUACUGUGUCUUACAACUACAAGAUCAUUGUAAUCAUAUUUCUAUUGUAUAACUAUAGCUCUUAAUUAUUGUAUGGUUGUGUAUAGGUUUCUAAAAAAAAAAAAAACUAUACUGACUGUAUUGUUUCUCUGUCUCUGUUAAAAUAAAAUAAAAAUACUUGCCUUAUAAUAGGAAUGCCCUGAACAAGGUUCUGAGAAAAGGUUGACACAGCCAAGGCUAAUCAAAUAGUUACAGCCCAUUUGUUCCAUGUGAAAACAACAAAGAAAUGGAAUAUUAACAUAUCAGCAUGAUAUGAAUUAUUCCAAAGUUUUAUCUAGAAUACAAUAUUAUUGCAUUGAUUUUUUUGUUAUAAUAUUAAGUGAAAGCCAAUGCUUCUUAAACCAAGACUGUAGCUGUAGAUUAUAACAAUCACAAAAAUGACAACUAAUUAUAUAGCACCGUCAUAUUCAACAGGGCUGUACAAUAGUUGUCAAAUAUAUAAUUCUAUCAAAACAUGUUUGUCAUACAGGAAUAGAAGGUGACAAAGGUCCUUCCCAAAUGCGCUCACAAUCUAAAGACAGAUUAAUAAUGCUGUCUUCUUGUGACAUAGUCAGAUAUUAACACCAUGAGUUUUCCUCAAUGACAAUUAGUUUAUUCUUCCAAGGAAUAUUUGUCUGUUGACUUAGUACACAUUACUCAUGUUGCAGAAAAUCAGUCAUUUACUAACUAUGGUUCUUCAAUGGUCUCAAUCCUUAAACCAUAUUGAUCCAUGUCACAGCUAAAGCCAUUAAAUAUGUAGCUAUAUUUAAAAUAUUUAGCCUUCCUCGAAGUAAAGCCUUUUUAAUGAGUGCAUUUUUGAAGUGGAAACAUCAGUCUAAAUUAACAUGUACUCUGAAUAUUUUAAUAUCAGAAUACUUUCCAAGAUAUACCAGCUAUUAUUUUCUCUAUUCCAUAGUGAAUAUAUAAUAUUUUUCUAGAUCAGAACUGAAGCAGGAUUGGUAUAUAUACAGAAUUCUUAGUCAAAUCCCUUAAUUAAAUGGUCAACCCACUGCCAAAAUACAAUAAAUCAAUCACUGGUUAGUAGAUACCCCCCCCCCCCACACACACACACACACACAAUGAAAACACGCAUGUAUAUAAUUAUGCAUUUUCAUUGAGGGUAUAUCUCAAAACAUUUUGCAAAAGCUGCAGUUCUAAUGUCUGCAGCCUUCUUUCCUGGCCAAGACGUUCUGUGACUGCACAAUCAUAGACUUUUCAAAGCAGCUCCAUAAGCUUUGCAAGGCAGGUGCUCUUGGCAAUUGUUGUAUUUAAGAGGACACACUCUUCGAGCAUAAAGCACUUUAGCAAGUUGAAGUAUUAUAGGGGCCUGUGAUGUUCCUGUAUUCUAAACAUAAAUCGUUAAAUUAGCACUCUAUGUGUUAUGAAUACAUCUUUGUUUUCCUAACACUAAACUGUCCCUCUAACCUCUGUUACUAGAAGCAGGUUAACCCUGCACUGUAAACAUUGCCAUUCCUGAAGAAUGGAAAGGUUUUCAACUGCAGACUUAACAUGGGAAGCACAUGGCACCUAUAGUGUUCCUUAAACAUGAUGUUGUACUUGUGUUUUAGAAUAUUUUGUUGUGCAUUUUUGUAUACGUUAAUUGUAUGUUCUGCAUUCUAGAAGAUUAUUACAAAAGGUAGCAUCCUGUGUUUUUGUUGAGUUAUAGUGCGCACUUUCACAAAAUCUUGCAUCCAUUCAAAUAUUUGCAUACAUUCCCACAAAAUGGUAGGAAGCCAGGUACUAUUUUCAUCUUCAUGGAGAGGGAAUGACAGGGUGUGUGCAUGUUUGCUCAGGUGUAUCCCAAACCAAGCAUGAAAUGCAAUCUCUGGGGUCACCACCCUCCUCUUAUCUUAUGUAUCUGAAUCUAUGCUUUGUGGCUGAUCGUAGGCAAAGUUCUUCCAGCAAAAAAAAUACUUACUGGGUAUACUGAUUAAUCAAGAAAAACGUCAGUUACAAACAUUUCACACUUAUCUUGUUAAAUUGAAGAGAACAGCUGUCAUAAUGAAAAUGAAAGAUAGCCAUUUAAUUACUCAAAGCAUAGAUUGACAUACCGUCUACAUUUGUUAAAUGAAGUUAUUACACCUUGGCUUUACUUGCAAAGCUGUUUUAAUAGGCCCUUGGAUACAAACGCUGCAUAAUCACAUACUUUGUUCGUUUCUCAUUUUCCUGCAGCUGUGAAUAUAUUUAUCUAUUAAUUUCUAUUUUAAUAAAUUCUGAUAAAUCCUUACAAACUAUUUGGAAAAGGAAAUAAUAGAGGUGGUAUCUUUACUUUAAUUACGGUUUUCAAAAUGUAAGCAGAGCUUUUGCUAGUUUUCUGUAUUUUUAAUUAUCAAUGGCAAUUUAAUUAUUCUGACAUAUCCUUAGGUCUUCACUGAACUUUGCUUAUCUGAUAUAUUUUCAUUGAUACUUUCACUGCACAAUCUCAGCAUCCCCUCGACCGUAUUUCACAAACUAGGUUACAUCUUUGACUUGCUCCUUCUCUUUUUGACACAUCCUAUUACCUGCAGGUUGCAGCUGUCAUUAUCACAUACUUACCAAAACCCAACCAUUAUCUCCUCUACUAGAGCCAUUUAUCCAUUCACUAAUUUUCACUGUUUCUCAGCAGCAAUGUUUUGUUUUUUUACUCGAGCUUCCUUAAUUCUCAAUAAUCCUAAUCUAACAAAUGUAAGAUUGUUACCCAGCGCAUCAUGCCUUGGGCUGCUCAUGUGACUCUAGUACUAAUAAAACUUCCAUGUCAUAGAGUGGCAGGCACCUUCAGAGAAAACCAUGUCUAGUCCCUUUUUUUGCUACUGCGUUCCUAAUAUUGCAAAUGGUUUAUUUCUCUUAGACUUAUGUAUUGUAAAGAGAGUACCCUUCUACCAGCAUUAAAUGGAAUAUUAUGUGCACUAUGUUGCUCAAAGCAAUGAUCAUUGAAACAAAAGAACCUUGCAAACAUUUGGGCAAAAGCCUUGUCACCAAUACAGGAUCAGAGUGAUGGAGAACUUAAUAUUCUACUAUUUGGGGAUUUUACUUGACACAAGUUUGCAUUUGAGUGGUUUUUGUUUUUUUUGGUGGGUUGACGAUUACAAAUGUUGAUAGGUGAGUAAUACCGGUUAAUAAAUAGUAAGUGUUGUGAGGGAGAAGGAGUAAAAGAAUAUUUUUUCCAUACAUUACAAAGGUGCGAGAUGUAUAAACUUUACUAUUUUCCAUAGGAAAAAGUUACUUGCGCACUAUCCCAAAUCCCUAUGUACACUUGAAUAGCUGGAUUAUUUUUUUUUUUUUGCAUUACUCCAAUGACCAUUUAAGCAUAAGCUUAUCUGCCACAUCAAGGCAAAACCUUUUAGGUGUGACCUACAAGGUUAUAUGUUGGUUUAGGACUCACCUAACAGGUUUUGCCUUGACGUGGCAGAUGAGCUGACACUUGAAUUGCUAUUGAAGUGAUCAUAAGAAACCUCCAGUUAUUCAAAUAUACAUAGGGAUUCAGGAUAGUGCGUAAGCAACUUGUCUUUUGGUUUUUAAUGUAUAUAUUUGGGCUGGUGUGCACUAUAGUCAUUGCUGCCGCCAAGGAGUAGUUGGAGUUUGUGCACAGUGCUUAUUUUUAUGUUUGUAUGCAAUUUUCCUAGAAGCCUCAGGGAUAUUUAGUGGAACGGUGAAUCAAUGUGGACAGUAUGUAUAUAGGCCUACGUAAUGAGUCCAUAGCUGAAUACUGAGUAACAUUUAAAGUCCCUUUCUAGUUUUAGUUUGUGAUGUUGACCUCAACGUAGCUAGUAAGAUAUGAUCUGUUUUUGAGGGUGUGUAUUGGUUAAGUAGUUUUAUUUUUUGUUAGCUAGUGGAGAUGACUUAAUGGCAUAUCUUGUUUAAUAAUUUGUGAAGCUUGGAUUAUGUACAAUAUGGAUUAUGGGUUUAUACCCUAUUUCAUCUACACAUUUAGAUAUACAGAAAAGAAAGUGGAUCUAUUUCAUUAUUGUUUAACCGUCUGUCUCUUUUUAUAAAUGACACACAGAUUUUAAAAAAAUGUUCUGAAAUACUUCACUAAUUUGUUUUAAAAUGAUUUAAAAGUAAUCUCAAAUGUUACUUUAAAAAAAAAAAAGUGUAUUUAUUUUCCCUUUAUUUAUUUUGUUUAUUGUGAAUAAUUUUUAUUCACAGGUAACAAUACUGUGCAAAUAUUCUGACCAUAUUCUGUCUCGUCUUCUGUAAGAGAACACGUGAUUGGAAAGAUGGGGAAUGGGAGACUCCAUUCUGAUGUAAUGAUAGGAUUGUGGGCUUUCAGUACUUUUUUCGUUUUAAUUGUAUGUAUUUGUUUAUUCAAGAUCAGCCAAGACACAAAAAACAAAACAAAACAUGCAACACAGUAAGAAAUUAAAGAAGGAAUGCCAAUAUAUGCUUAGCGCCGUAGCAUACCAUCAGGGGUGGGCUGGGACUGGGGGGCAGGGAGAUAAUUACCCCCCAGGACGACCUACAUCUUUCCAGCCAGAAAAUAAAAAUGUCCCCCCCCCCCUGGGCCCGUGGUGCUGGUAUUGAAGCUGCACCGGGGCCCACACACUAAGGGACCCACCGGAUGGCCCCUACACUUAGGGCCCCCCUGUGAGCAUGUUUCAGCCCCUUUACGGCAGAAUGGGAGGAAGUGAAACCGUGAAUAUCUUCCUUCCACAGUGACAGACGAUGAGCCAUGUGGGAGAGAGGCAGUGUGAGAGCCAGCAAGCAUAGACAGACACCCUAACCAGCACACUGGACCCCAGGAAAGGUACCAGCAAACAUAGCAAAAUUUCUUUAAAAGUGUAAAGUGUGUGUGUGUCAGUAUGUCUGUAACAGUUUGUCUGUCUGUCUGUGUGUGUGUAUGCGCGUUUGCUAGUGUGUGGCAUGGAUGGUGAGCUGAUUCGGUGGUGCAAUGGGCCACUUGACUGGAUUUUCCCCACAGGCCUAAGGCUGCCAGCCCUCCUCUGCAUAACAUCCUAGACAUGCUGGAGAAAGAUAAUAUGUUUGAUCUUUCCCUUUGAUCAAUUUGAUCUAUUUUUGUUUUAUCUCCUCAGCCAACACCCGCUCUAUGAAAGCCCUGGUUGUUCUAGAACUUUCAAGGUUGACAAUCUCACCAAAUAGACCAGAUUAAAGGAAAGCUUGGGAAUGCCUGAUUCAAUACUGAAGUGAUCUUUUACAAUCCUACAUAUGAACUUUUUUAGCUGACAGAUACAGUUGCCAACAAUUCUUUUCAUAGUCAAAGUUGUAAAGAUGGUGAAUUUGAUACAGCUGCUGUCAAUGUGUCUGUGAGUACCGUACAUUUCUCAAUAUAAAAUGUACAUAAAGCUUUAUUAAUAUCCAUCAUGGUAUCUUUGGGAUCAUAUAUUUGUAUCUUCUCACCUGUGAGUACUACCUGCCCGCUGUCACUGCUAUCAUAAUCAGCUCUAGAGUAAUUGAAAAUUAAUGAUUUGUAAAACAACACACCCAGGAAACUGCAUAUCUGUCAGUUUGCAAACCUUUGCUUAGCUCAUUUUCAUGUUUCCUGGUCAUUCACUGGCAUUUUUGUAACUUUCUGAUAAGUAUGUACGCAACAGAAUCAGUUAAACAUUUCCUGUAAAUGUUUUCUUUGUUGUGACUUAUAGUAUAUGCUAAAAGCCUCUGAUCUCUUCACAAGUUUGCAAAAUUAGAGCAUUUCGGUAAAUCACUUUUAGUCUGGGAAACAAUUAAUAUUUUAUGAGCUUUCAUUAUUUAAUUUAAUGGGAAAGAACUUAGCUUUGAUUAUGCUCAGACAUUGAUGCUAGAGGUGAGACUUAAGGGAAGAAAAGCAAUGAUGCGCACAGUAUACUGGAAUAAGGCAGUAACAGUAGUGAAACACGUGGAAUAAAAGGAAAACUGUAGUCAUUUUUAUUAUUUCAAAUAAAGGAUUACAUGCACUAUGGGGAAUGUUUAUUAAUUUGUAAUGCAUACAUUAAAAUAAAUACCUAUUUUCAAAAUAUAUUCAGGUUUACCUUUGGUAUAUUGGGCUGCCAUCUUAAGUCCUAUCUCUAGCCAAACAAAAUAGAUAAGAUAAUCAGUACUGUGUGUACAUGGACAUCAUGUUCAACUCAUGAAUGCCUUAAAAUGCAUUCUGAUAUGGCUUAGACCUUCACAGUAUGCAGAGUCUUAGCAGAUAAGCUGCGCUUCUGUCUAAAGACAGCUGGAGAUGAAUAAAAAAGGAUUCAUUAAUAUACAUUUACUCAUAAACUAAUAGACACCAUAUCUAUCUUAUAUAUAAUCUUUUAAAUUCAGUAAUGCAAAUUAUAGUUUUCUUUCAGUGCAUUAGGCAGUAGAGUAUUUAUUCAUGCCGUAUUCAUAGCCAAUGCAGCAAAGGUACAGAUGCAUGGGGUAUUAAUGGAUUAGGGAGAAACAUAACUGAUUCAGACAAUAUUCAGGCACAGAGACUAGAAAUCACGGGCCCCGGUGCAAAAAUUGCCCUGGGGGCCCACAUACGCCUAUUCCACGCUAUCCCCCUCCCCACUCAUAUGUCCCCCCCACACAUGCAGACAAACAGAUACACAUGCAGACACACAAACAUAUAUACAUAGAUAUACACACAGACACACAACACACACACAUACAUACAAAUACAAGCACACAUAUAGACACACAUGCACACACACACACACAGAGAAACAUACAUACAGACACACAUGCAAAAUGUUUUAGUCACCUUCCGGUUUCCUAAUGUUUAGGUGCAGGUGGGUGACUUUCCCUGGGCUGCAGUAGCUCAGGCUGAUGGGAGUCAGAGUUCCCACUCUGACUCCCUACUCUUCUUCCUCUUCCCUUGCGGCACAGUGAUUGCUGGGAGGAAGUGACCAGGGCAGUCAGUUCCUCCCAGCUCUGAGAUCAUCAAAGGGGGCCCAGUCGCGCUGUUAAAGCACCACAGUGCUGACCAGCCCCCUGGAUAAUCAUUGCCAUCGAGUGGCCCUAACAGCAUGGGCCACCCGAUGGACCCCUGAAUGCACAGCCCCAGCGAUUAUACCGUGCAAGCUGGGGCAGUGUUAUAUAGCCGGCACACACACCAGUCACAGGGGUCAGCGGUAGUUCCGCCACUGUUCAGGCAUGAUGCAUGCCUCCCAACUGUCUCAUUAUUAGUGGGGCAGUCACAAUUUUUUCUCCUGCUUAAGUUCCCUGGUGUCCCUCAUCUGGGAGACUGAUGAAUGAAUGAAGGGCAUUUGUGCACUGAAGGGACAGGGGUCACAAAAGGUUUGUCUAUCGUAUGCACUUUGAAUAAAAUUGUGGUUCCAUAAGUGGGCUUUAUCUACUAAGCUGUGCAUUGUGUUACCUCCUGUUUUUGCUGAUGCGUGCAGGGAAAGGGCAGUAACAAUGCUGAUGCAUGCCGUACAAAGGGAAAACCAGUCCUGGAGUGUCCUGUGCAAUAUUUACAGAUGUAAAAGAAGUAACAGCAUUGAUACAUGUAGUGUCCAUUGCCUGGGUUACUGAGAGCACUGACAGUUACAACAAUCAGGGAAAAGGCAGUUUAAAUAUUAAUGCAUGCAGUAUUCAGGGAUAAGUCAGCUGCGGCAGUAUGCAGUGAUGGGGGGAUUAGGGGUUGCCGAAUAAUCUCCAUUUUCUGGUUGAAAGUUUCUGGUUUAAAACAUUUUUUAAAAAGUGGUUACACUUUUCCCACAUAAAGCCUUUUAGCCAGGGGUCAAGUCCUGGGGAAUAAAGUGUGGGAACUCACCCAAGAUCCACCCCCUCCUACCCCCAUGCUCAGACACACACAGACACACACUCACAGACACACACACACACACACACACACAUACAUACAGACACGCACACACAUACACACACAGACAGACACACACACACUCUCACACACACACACAGACAGACACACACAUAGAGACACACACACACACAUAUUCACAGACACACACACAUUGUCAGACACUCACACAUACACAGAAAUACACUCACAGACACACAAUUUAUUAUUUUUUUAAAUUUAAAAAUGUCCAGGAGAGCUGGCGUGGACCUGUCCCUGGGGUCCAGUGGGGCUUCAGUGCAGCAGGCUCCUGUCUCCCUGUCAGACGCGGUGAGGGAGCUGUGUUCUCCCAGCUCUGCUCCCUCGCGCCACGCGGGCUGUCUACUGAUGCUGGGAGACGGAAUAUGACGGCAUCAGCAAACGGCACGUGAGGGGGCAGAUCAGAGAGAACACAGCUCCCUCGCCGCGUCUGACAAGGACACAGGUGCCCACCUGGGGGAUCCAUCAGGUGGCCAUCAGGCCACCUCUGGGCCCCCCCAUGACAGGGUGAACACGGGGGGCAUUUGGGGUGGCAUUUUUUGCUGCCCCCUGAGUGCCUGCAGGAGCAACGGGCGUUCCUGCUGUAAAAAAAAGUGCAGGAACGCCGUUCCCACGCAUUCGUGCAAGACUCGAGCCCUGCCUUUAGCAAGCUAAAGGGCUUUGUGUGUGUGUGUGUGUGUGUGUGUGUGUGUAGUGUUCCUUUAAACGUUCAGAAAAAAGCAGCUAAUGUUUGUGAAUUUUUGUAAAAAUGCUUGAAAUCCGCAGACCGUAUGAACCAACACAGUCUGUCCAAUCAGACUAACUUUAUACAAGUGUUGCUGGGUCACACAGAGGGUUAUAUAAAUCAGAACGGGAAAUAAUAGCAAAGAGUACAAAUUAAUAAUAUAUAUCUGCUCCAAAACAAAAAUAAUAUGUCACAAGUUCAGCACUGACUUGACCCUUCCAUUUGCAAAAUGCCUUGUCUUUAGAAUUUCCGUAGUCUGAAUCUGCAUCCUGUCUCGCAGACUACUGAAAUAACUCCUACAAUCAUCACAAGCCAUACAAGUGUAUAGAACAAGUUUAGUCUAUGUGUGGCCCUAACAGGAAGGUACAUACAAUUAUGCAUUAAUACUAUAGCAAAAACAAUCCUAUUAAAGCUUCUUUCUUCCUGAAUUCUAAAAAUAUUUCAAAUGAACCAAAUCUAGUUCAGUUUGCCAACACAGAAUAAGGGCCAGGAAAUGUUGUAACUUAAAAAUAGGUGUACAGUUUUAAAUCUAAAUAGUCAACCUGGACAAUUUAUCUACUCCAGCUUACUUUCCAACUUGAUUAUUUUUUUCAACCUUUAGGAAAUUCACAGGACUAUUAACUAAAGUGAUAAUUAAAAUUUAAAAUUUAAGUUCAAAAUAGCCAAAAUGGACACAAAGGAGCAGAAUAUUUCAUAUGCUUAACCUAGCAGAACACAAGUGUAUGGCUGAGUCGUAGCUGCAACCUGAGGUCCCACCAUUAGCACAGGUCAUUUCCAAGAUUAAAAACACUUACCUUAUGAACAAGUGACAUCACAUGUCACAUUAUCCACAUUCCAUAAGAUUUGGGCACCAUGGGAGAAGUAUAGUGAUCAAAAGAGUGGAAAGAUGAGAAUUCUGUCGGAACUCUGCCUUCCAACUCAUAUCGCGUUUUUGUUUUGUUAUAUUAGGGAUCCCAUUUACCACAUUUAUAGCACGCAGCCACUCAAUAAAUCUGCACUUAACAAAUAUAUGUAAAUGUAAGCUGGAUUUUAUUGUCAUGUUUGUGACCUUAUGCAGCAUAUUUCAUUAGGGUGUGCAACCGUGAAUCAAAAAUGUCAUACAAGGUUUUUAUAUUUUUAUAAACUUAAAGCAGAACCCGCACCCCAAUAACAUCUCAAGUACAUUUAAGUUGUUAUGGGACCAGGAGUGUCUGGACACAGUCUUAUCUUCAGAGGUCAAACUGUUUUGCAACCUGAAGUUGGGUCAGGGACACCGCUACACCACUGCCUCCUUGCUUUCUAUUGCCUUCCAACCAUUCCACAUCUGUUUUCACAGUAUGCGGAAGGUUUAUCUAGCUGGUAAUGGACUGAAAGCAUUGGCCAAACUCUAAACCUAGCACUGACCUCUUGCUGAGAGAUAUAUUACAUAUUUUAAAUAUAUAUAUUCUAUUUUAAAUAUACUCUAAAAACCUGCAGGCCUUUGAAAACACUAUCCUGACAUAUGCUGAUAAAACCAACAUUGUUGUACUUGCUUGCCUGUACUUAAAUUAAUAAUUUUAAAAACUUUUUUUUUUAAAUAGUCAAAUGGAAACAAAACUUAAUUAUGCUUUCAGUUCAGCUACUUUAGUCUUACAUUUUAAAUUAUCUUUCAAUUCACUUUGAAUUCUCACUUAAUACCACAAAUAAAUAAGUGUUUGAUUCAUCAAUUAAAAAAAUAUAUAUACAAAUAACAUUAUACCAUUGAAUAGAAGAUUGAAAAUUACCUAAAAAUAAUGGUAACCCUUUUCAGGUGAUGCCAAGUUGUCCUUUAAAUGUGUUUUAAAGAUUUAACAAUUGACAUUACAAUGUCAAAGACCGAGGCGCUCAGUUCCAGGAUUGAGGUAGAUUCCACACUGUGGAUUUCUACAUUUCAUUUUAUUUUUAGGCCUACCAAACCUAGAUAUAUUACUUACAGGGAUAAGUAAACAAAUUAUUCACUAUACUGGGACGUGACAGUUCACCUUUAAAGGGAAACUGUCAUUUCUAUGGAAUUUACAAACAAAAUGAAUUUUCUUGGCAUCGUUCACCAUCCCUAUGUGAAGAAUGGAGGUGUUAAUUUUUAAUGUGUGUUUUGGAACUUCGUAUGUAGAGUUGAGGGCGAGAGAGAGAGAGCUUUGUCCCUAAAUUUCAAAUCGAAUCUGAAUUCCUGGCAGCUCUCACUGUAGUAAAUGACCCUGAAUGUUCCUAAAGUGGACUCGAUUGUCGGACCUAGCAUGUUGAUACAAUGUGUCUCAUGGUAAUUCUUGCAUAUUAAAUGUCAGUAAUAAUAAAAUAUUAUGUUCAGUGUUCUUUUACUCACAUCAGAGGGGAUGAACUUUACAUUUUGCCUUGAGCAGAUCCUUGCUGUAUGUAUUACUACAAAGGGCACCUGUAGUGCCCAAAACAACUUUCGCUCUUUAACCCCUUAAGGGCCAAACUUCUGGAAUAAAAGGGAAUCAUGACAUGUUACACAUGUCAUGUGUCCUUAAGGGGUUAAAAAGAGUAUUACAUUACAUGUAUACGUUGUGCUAGCAGUUUUGUUAGCAAAUGUAUAGAUUGUGAGGAAAACCUAUUUUAAAAAGGCUUUUCUCCCACUGGUCAAUCAAUUGUUCUUCAAGGUGGCUAGCUCUGGCUACUGAGAAUCCAGAGUGAAUUCAAAGUAAGUUAAAAAAUAAAGUCAAAAUAGCCAAACUGGAAAAAUUCUCAAAAUCAGCUAUGCUUGUAGUUCAGCUACCUUGGCCUUAAAUCUGUAAAAUUUUGUAAAUAACCCUGUAAGAGUUACUUGAUCACAGCUCUCACGUCUGCAUAACUCAUCUAAGCUUGAUCCAGAGCUGGUCCUCUCCUUGCCCCACAAAAAGGUGGCCAUUGGUGUUUUGACCAAGCUGGAUUUAUAUGUCAGAUGUCUGUAAGGAGCAAAAUUUUAAUGUGCCCCCUGCUAAUAAGUCAGAUAAAGCAAGUAUAAUUCAUUUUUUAACUUGACAUUGCAGGCCUAAAAACCAUUCAUAUUUUACAACUGCAUAUCAGUGUCUGUAUGUCCAUAUUCCUGCUUGUAAUGUGUUGUAUUUCAUUCUAUGAGAAUAGUGAGUGUAGGCAGCUGUGUAAAUGCACGCGUGGUUAGAGAUGAUGUUAGUAGGUUGGAGAGGUUUAAUGUAAGAGAUUGAAUAGGGUGUUUAGUGUUAAGAAGAUUAACAGCUUGAGAUGGGUCAAAGUUGUAGUAUAAGGGCUAUUUAGGUUUAUUGAGUUAAGUGUUCGAGCUGUCCUAAAGUUAGAGUUGGGUACAUGAGGUGUUUAGUUUUUUAGAGGCAUUAAACAUAGGAUGGUUUGUUUUCAGGUUUAGGCUUUGGGUGCUGGAGUUUGAAGGGUUAUGUAAGUACUCACCCUCCUUUGUCUUCUGUAGAUCAGUCAGACUGAUGAUAUUAGAGCUGCAGGAAUGGUUAUACAUGGUGCAUCUCUCACAGUUUCCCGCGCUCCUCCUGCAAUGUAUUUCCUGUAUAAGAGGCUGCUAGUGGGCAGAUGGUAAGUGAUCCCUUCCUCUUCCUGUCCAGCCCCAUGCACAGACCCUGGAGGAGCUGGGACAGCAUCUAUCACUUUACCUGCAGGUCUACUAUUAAGGCUGAUUAAAUUACAGAUUAGAUGAUUAGAUUACACUGGCCAAGGAUCCUGGUAGUUAUCUCUGUCCACCUGCCCAAAGAGCUCAAAAAGGCACAUUCUAAGUGCUGUAGAUUGGUGCCUAAUCAGAAAUCUGGUCCUGAAUAGUAUUACUGGUUUGUUGUAAAAGUCUAGUUAACGUAUCUCAUAACUGCUAUGAUAAGGCUUUAGUUUAGCUUUGUGACACUAAUUAUUUUGGAUCACCUAUUAAAAAAACACCUUAGCCUCUCUCUUCCGACAACCUCACCAACGCUCCCUUCAGCACACUAAAGCUUUCUUUUACAUCAACAGUGACAAAUGCGGCAAACUCCUCGCCACACUUAUAAAAAAGAAGCGGAACAAAACGUAUAUUACUGGCCUACGCGACACUCAGGGCCAACCACAGAAGAUGCCAAUUCGCAUUGCCGAAGUAGCAAGAAACUACUUCAAAAACCUGUACUCGAAGAACUUAUCCACAGGCUCACCACAGACCACCGACGCCAUACAAACUUAUCUGGCCGAUAACCUGUAUACAAAACUCCCGGAGACCGCGUCCGAGGUGCUGGAAGCCCCCCUGACUAUGGAGGAAUUAGCACAGGACAUCAAGUCGUCGAAACCAGGCAAGAGCCCGGGCCCUGAUGGAUUAACAAUACGAUAUUAUAAACUGUUCUCGGAGGUCUUGUCCCCACAUUUCCUGUCCGCCUACAACUCUCUGACCCAAGGACAGAAUGUUACCUCCCAGACACUCGAGGCAAACAUAACCCUGAUACCUAAGGAAGGGAAGGACAAGGAGAACUGUGCCAACUACCGGCCAAUCUCCCUUGUGAACUGCGACAUAAAGCUCUUCGCUAAGAUCUUAACAUCCAGGCUGACACCCUACCUGCCAUCCCUCGUGAAACCAGACCAAGUGGGGUUUAUUCUGCAUAGGGAGGCAAGGGACAACAUCGCCAGGACCCUGUCCCUGAUCCACCACGCUCAGCAGACCAACACAAACCUUCUCUUGCUUUCAACUGAUGUGGAGAAGGCCUUCGACAGAGUAAGCUGGGAUUUCCUAUUCAACACCCUCUGAGCCCUAGGAAUGGGGCCGAAUAUGUAUAAAUGGAUUACCGCACUAUAUACUGAUCCAUCGUUUAAGGUCUGCAUUAACGGAACUUACACGGAUUCAUUCCACAUCCAUAAUGGGACCAGACAAGGUUGCCCACUUUCACCUUUGCUGUUCGUAUUGGCCCUGGAACCGUUCAUGUAGGCCAGAUAUCAGAGGACUCGUGACAGGAGACUCGACACACAAGUGUCUUACUUGAAUGUGUGUCUGUAAUGUCAAGCAGGCGGCCUGA